AGUCGCUUUGCUCCAACGGUUGCCACAGAUGAAUUCAGAGUUGUGGAAAGAAUAAAAAGGAAAUGUAAGUUUUUGUUUUAGAACAGUUGGUGAACUUGGAAUUGACUGAGCCAUUACUACCACACUGUAGGAAAGAAAACACAGGAAAUCUUAAAGUGUUUGUUUUGUUCUAAUAGUACUCAAGGAGAAAAGAGAGGUGGACAUUGCUGUCUUCUCUGAGUUGUAUCGUAAAUUGGCCUCACAAGUAAGAGCUUUAUAUAUUGUAAAUAAAUUUUGGUAUGUUACUUCUCAUCUAACCACGUCCUAACCCAUGUCUUAUCCCCCGGCCUGCCCAAUCGAUGAAAUUCGAUAACCAAUAAAAUCAAUUAUAGUAACCGAUUUUAAUCGAUAGUGACUAAUUGAUUGAUGUUCACUUUUUGGAAAUUGAUGAAAAUCAAAGAUUGAACGAGCUCUGAGUAUCAAUUUUCAUCAAUUAUAUUGCUUGUCAGUGGUCGUUUAAUGAUUUCAGAUAUGUUUAAGCAAGGCACUUAUAGUAAUUGAAAGUCUUACCUAUUGUCAUUUUUCUCUUCCUUUAAAGUCUAAUCUGUUGAAACCCAUGUAAGACUUUGGUAAGACUGACUUGAGUCCAUGCAAACGGAUGCGUAACGUAUCUGCUUAUACCCUGGGCUAAGAAUACAUAAUUUUCAAUUAUUGAGCAGAUAAAAAUCUAUACUAUUAAGACAACUUGCAUUGUGAUUAUUAUCAGUAUUGAUUGAUUAAUUUUUAUUGGUUAUAUUGAUUGGUUUUCGAUGAUCGAUUUUCAUUGAUCAGGCAUGCCGGGCUUAUCUGAAUUUUAAAAAUGUGGGGUUUUUGAGUAGAGGGGUCAGGACCUGCCACUGGUCAUCAAUAUCCAAAAACUCAUGAAAUCCAUUUAAACUAACAAAACUGAAAUGAUUGACAAUAUAAUAACAGUGAUCAUAAACUUACUUAUGGCAAGUUAUCAUAAUUUUCCUUUACAAAACAGUGUAACAGGUAAGCAGUAAAUCACAGGAAACAUGACCAAUUCAGAUCUCGGGUAAAACUAAACUGCUUAAUUAAAGUUGAGGUUUAUCUACUAUUAAUUUUGAGUUUGCUGUUGGGUGUAUACGAGGCUACCACAUAUCCCUUAGCUAUGAAUUCUUUACAUAGUCCAAAUACUAUGUUAACAGAACCCAGAGCACAUUGGUGGGAGUGAGUGCUUUCACCAGUAAAAAUUUUCUUUGUCAAAGGAAACUGGUAUUUUUAACUGUUAUUUACAUCAAUAAUCUCUUUAAUUUAUAUUUGAAUUUCAGCCGGUUCUUAAAAACAGAUGGGCAAUUCUUUAUUUUUUGUUGAGUGUCAGCGAAAGCUCAGGGGCAGAUCAUUCACAUGGUCAGGUAAGUAACAAAAGAGAGGUCAAGGAUAAAACACUGCUGUUUUCUUUUUCUUACAAUAGUCAGCUCAAACCAUCCAUUAUAAUAUACCAAACCUUUCAUCCUCCACCUGUUUUACCCAACAAAAUACUGUAAACACCGGCAUGUGAGAGACUGGUGGUUUAAGAACCUGCUGGCAGAUAUUUGCCAUUUUAAUACCCAAAAAUAUAAAAGAACCUGUUUAGCCCAGCAAGAUCAUGUUCUUAUAAAAUUAAUUAUGUGGGUUACAGUGUUAUAUCACGCAUGUAAAUUAUGUUAACCAUUUUAACCAAGGAGUUUAACCUUGAUGUUCUGUACCCAACUUUAAUACAAAUAAAAGUAUUUAUUUACUGUAAAUUUUCCUUUAACAAAAAAAAAGAAAUUCCAUACAUGCAAUUCCAGGGUGCAAAGAAAGCCAUUUUUACAGCUUGUCAUGCGGGCAAGCUGAAGCUAACACUUACUAGCCCAAAUAUCAUUUCAACUAGCCCACAAAACGUUUUGAUGAGCAGAUUGAUUUCACAGUUCUUCUGUAAUUUGAAUUCCUCAAAAAAAUUCACUUGCCCAUCGGGCAAGUUAAUAACAGAAUUCACUAGCCCGAUAGCAAAAUCCACUAGCCCCGGGCUAUCGGACACUACUUUCUUUGCACGCUGAAUUCACAGAGUGAUAGUGGACAAAAGUUGCAGGAACUUUUUUAUUGCCAUAUUAUGCUAACUGUGAUGAUCCAACAGGCUGGUGAAGUUUAUGUCACUUUCUUCUUAGGCUGCCGGGGCUGCAUCCUUCUUUGGUCAAGGGCUACCUACAUACCUGACGUCUACACCUGCAGUUUCUACACAGGCAUCCCAGCGUCCUUCUAGUCACACGCCUGGUGUUCUUUCGAUGACUCAUGCAACUGAAAGCAGCUCGGGUGUCAGCAGUGUAGCGUCCAGAUCCUUAGAUCCCACUCCUACCCCCGCGUCAUUUGCCCCAAAUUAUGGGCCAACACCAUCAGUUCAUUUUGCUGAUGAAGUCUUAAUGCAGGAAGGAAGUGAUGGAUCUCGCUUGGCUACACUUGUGGCACAGUCAUUAAGUGUGUCCCAAAACAGGUUACCAACUUCUGGACAGUCAUCAGCAUUGCCAUCUGCAGUGCGAUUUAUGAGUUAUGGAUAUGACACACAGAAUAGUAAGUUUUUAUACCAAUAAUCCAGACAAAGCUUCAAUUACACUGUACCUUUUCAGAAAAUGUAAACAGGCCUUUUGACCACACUGUAAACAUGCUAGCCUUAGUUUUUCAAGAGCCGAUGUUUUCCACUGUAUAAAGGUCAUCUAGUGGAUAAGUAUCAGGGGAAUUAUCCACUGGAUUAAUGGAUAGAGAUUUAUCAAGUGGAUCACUAGAUUUACCUUUUAAACAACUGGUGCCAGAUGAAUAAAAACUUCCUUGUAGGCAGUACAUGUAUAUUAAGCUGUCAUGAAAUUCUGUCAGUUUACUUUCCUUUGCUCAAUGGUGCAGAGAUGGCUGGGUCAGUUAGAGGGGAGGAAAAUAUUGUUGUUUUUCAUCUUCUUUCUCUUGAUCAUUCACAGGAAGGUUAUAAUGAUGGGGUGCUUGAAAUAAAGGCCCAAGUGGUAGACUGGGUACCCAACUGCUGUUUUCUUUAAAAUAUCUGUUGAGAGAAGCAAAUAUUGCCUGUUUUUUUGUUUUAUUACUUAAGGAUAGCUAAAAAUUUCUAGAUGAUUGUUCCAUUCGUGUACAAUUUUUGAAGCUUAUUGUAAUAAAUUCCCUACAAUUUUCUGGAGUUUGUCUCAGCUAAGAUGAUUUUGUCAUUGGGCAGUGAGGUUAAGCCUUUGGCUUUGUUUCCUUCAUCCCUCUUUCAUUAGUCAAAUCAAAGUGGACGUAAAAGAACCCACACUACUGUUUCAAAAGAGUAGGGGAAGUUUUCCCGGGGGUGUGGUCUACCUUUCACACAUCACACAUCAUUCAUAUAUCAUGGGCUAUGGGUGGGUUACAGUAACCUAAUAAAAUGUACUAAUAGUGGCUGCCAGUGGCGCCCUUGUAUGCUGAUGUCUGAGCUUACUGUUAACAUGUUAAUAUAGAAUAUCAAGAGGGCAUGUCUUGUUGUCGUCUAGUCCACAACCUUACACAUUACGCCUAUUAGCGUUGUUUUCUUGAUCUGUAUCACACAGUAAGUUACUAAUAGACUAGAUCCAAAUUUUCCCCUUGAUCAUGGUCCUUGCCAGUGCACAUGGUACUAAUCUUGAUCUUGAUCCAUAAGGCCAUCCCCUUUUUUUUCGUUUAGCGUCGAAUGCGUUUCCUGAUAUUGGGUCAGUCGGUUGGAUUGAAAAAAAAGCUAAAAAAAAUAUCACAAGAAGUCUCGGAAUAGGAGGCCCUGGUACCCCAGGACGACGUUAAAAGUUAACAUUUACAUAUUUGGAUGAACAAAAUGCAUAAUAUACUGUAAAAAAUGUUCCUGUUUUAGUUCCUUUUUUUUCUCUACACUGUUACUAUGCUCAUUUUUCAGAUUAAAAGAAUUAUUUCAAGUGAAAAAGUGGUUUAACUAUGUCGUUAAUUUUUUUGGGGGGAAAAUGCGAAAAAUUUGGGUAAACGAGGUGCAUAAAAUUAUGUAUGUGCUGUAGAUUUUACAUACUAACUCAAAACUACAAUCAUGUAGAACACACUUUUUUGCUUUCAGCCUCGUAUGAGAUUUCUGAAGCUUCUCUACUCCGAGAUAUUAUUUACAUCUUCCAAGGAAUUGAGGGAAAAGUAAUCAAGUUUGACCAAGCCAAUGAUGCCUAUCGCAUUGAUCCCAAACUUGGAGUUCCCAAGCCAGUCCGGGAACUUGUUCACAAGGUGGCUGAGCUGGGCUGGCUGUAUCGCAAAAUACGGAAAUACUUAGAUGCACAUGCAGGUAUUUGUAUGGAAUUUUUACAUUUGUACACUAUAUAACCCCUGAAAAUCCCAAAUAUGUUAAAAACCCUGUGUGUACAGUGUGUCAAGAGUGUGAAGAGGCUCUCUUUGCAGGGUAAAUUUAUUACAGCUUUUGUGAAUUAGAGCUAGGAGACAAAAGAAAUUGAGAUUCAACCUACAUGUAGCUUAAAAAAUUUUAACCUCAAUUUAAUUUUGACCUGUAACAGUUACAGUUGUGUCCCUAGUCUUAAUUUGAUGACCCAUCAUUUCACAUUUUGAGGAUGAGGCCAAUGUUCCUGUUUGUAUUUUUACUAUUCAAAUCAAAUCAAAUCAAAUCCUUUAUUUAGACAUGUAACACCCAGGGCCCAGUUGUUCGAAGGCCGAUUAGCGCUAACCCGGGGUUAAAUUUUAACCCGGGUCUCUUUUCUUUUCAUCAAAAGCAUUUUCUCGGACAAUUUUCUCUAUUCUUUUUAGAGUAGCCGAUCAUCAAACUGUUAACAAAAAGAAUUAAACUGAAUUUGCUUUUUAAGCUUUCAUAUCUGAAUUCAAAUUUCGAACUAACCCUGGGUUAUCUUAACCCAGCUUUGAACAACUCGGCCCAGGAGCACCAAAGUUAAAAUAUGUACAUGUAUUGUAUUUGCACUUGUCUUCUUCGCUGUUGGAGUUUCACCCUCACAGGCCCUCUGCAACAUUAUUUCUACCCACAGGAGACAAGGCAAUGGGAUUGGUAGGACAGAGCUUUUGCGCUGCUCUGCAGCAGGAGCUCACUGAAUAUUACAGGCUGUUAGCUGUGCUGGAAGGCCAACAUCAAGUUGGUGAUGCAGGAAUUGUUGGAGAGGGAGCAAGUGGAAGUUUGACACUACGUAGAUUGAUGGUGUGGACAUAUGACCCAAUGAUGAGGUUAAGGACCCUUGCUGCAUUGGUUGAUGCCUGCAAAGGUACAGUGAUUACUCAAUAGCACAAUACUGUGGGUGGAAAGAAGAAAUUGUGAAUUUGGGACUUGGACUUCUAUCAGAGGGAAGAAAUAAUUGUGACAGUGCAGUGAAUUGUCAAAAUGACAUGGACAAUGGUUCUAGUACAUUUUGUAAGUGUUUUUAUACUUUUUAUACUACUACAUGGGAAAUUUCUGCAAUCUGAUUGGCUUAGAGCAGUGGUAUUCCAGCUUAAUUUGAAGAGCGGUUGCAUUUGAUUACGUUCUUUUAGCCUACGUAAAUGUGAAAAUUACAAAGUUUAACCUUUUGCCGGUAGUAGUAUAAACAAAUAAUAGCGUGAUUUGUAGGUGAUAUUUGGAAUAAAUACCACUGGUGAUAUUUCAAAAUUGUCUCAAAUUUCACUCGCCUAACAGCUCGUGAAUUUACUUACAACAAUUUCGAAAUAUCACUCAUGGUAUUUAUGCCAAAUAUCACUACAAAUCAUGCUAUUACCUAUACAAAUCUUAUGUGGAGGGCAUGCUUUCUGAGGCUAAGAGUAGUAGUCAAAACAGUUUUGGUUUAGUGCAGAGAAUUUUCGCAAAUACACAUGCACAACAAUGUUUGAAAAUAUUCACAGGCCCAAAACUUAAUCUUUAAAUUCCUCUAGGUACUGAUCCACUGGUUAACCAUUUGAACCCUUAUAUCUACAUCCAUAUUCUCCAUACUCCAUAUGUAUUCAUUUUCUGAGGUACUGGUGAGGAGAAUUUGUUCAACAAUUAGAACUUAGACACAGACAGAGACAUAUAUGUUAUUUAUUUUACCUCUAGGAGCCUAAGAACUAUGGCUUGUUACAGUGCCCUUGAGAAAAACAAGGUCCAAAAAAUUAAUAAUUCAAUGCAAUAGACAAAAAAAAAUUAAUAAAAAAAAGUGAAAAAUUAGGAUUUGUUAGUUGAUGAUCUUUUCUGUUAUUCUUGAGACCAUUAUCUUUAAUUAACAAGUACUAUGAUAAUAUAACUUAGGAAGGGUUAGAUUCUUGUCAUCCUUAUGGGUUUAAAUGGUUUUGUUAAUGUCAAAUGUAUUGAUUAAUAAUUGUCUUUUUAAUACAGGAAAGAAAGGAGGAGCUUUGUUGUCUGCUCUUCAUUCUAACAUGCAGCAUGGGGAUCCCUUUGUCAAGUCUCUUGUCAGGCAUAUUCUUAAUCUGGUAAGGACUGCUAGUGGCAAAAGUGCUGUCCGAUAUACCAGGGCUAAAGGAAUUACCCAUCAGGCUCUCAUUAAAUGAUAAUAAUAUUACAAGUUGUCUGAUAGCCAAGCAACAUUUGCCAGGGUAACAUUAAUGUUAGUGAAAUUAAAAAGGGGGGUUGGUAGGCCAGUGUAAGAGGCAAGCAAAUUUUUUUUCUAAAAUACCAAAAUUUUCUCAGUGAAAGUUACUAACUUUUUGUUUAAAUUUGGAAUCUUUCAUAAGUAAGCACCUCCUGUAAGCAAUCAUCAAAUCUUUGCAUUUUGAAUUGGUGGUAAUGGGACGUUCAACCAUUUGAAGUGAGACGUUAUUAUUACUGUUAUAAUUAUUUCAUUAUCAUUAUUACUUUUAUCAUACUGUGAAAGGUUUGAACCCAGGAGUCAUUUCAAAAGUAGGUUGAGUUUGAUGUGAAUGUAGUCCUGAAUAGGACUGUUGUUGUUGACAGUGACUGACGUUUCGACAACCUGUGCGGUAGUUAUCUUCAGAGUCAAAGUGAGUUGUAUCACGUCAGUUGAUGGUAUUAUACUCUGGUUAUUGAUCUGAUUGGUCAAUUACGUCGUGAUGUUAUUGGUCGUCUGUCAGUUAAGCCGUGAUGAUAUUGGCUUUGAAGGCUUGUACUCAGUAAUUGGUGCAUUUUGAUCCGUCUAUCGUCACAGUUAAACAGUCGUCUGUUGUUAGUCAAAUUGUCAGUUCUCCAGUCAUUCUCUAGUAGUUAGUUUUGCUUGAUCUCGUCAAUAAGUCAUUUGUACGGCGCUGGUAACUGUAAUUUCCUAUUACAGGUUGCUCGUCCAAUCCGUGUCAUUCUUGAUAGAUGGAUUUAUGAAGGAGAACUUGAUGAUUUGUACAAUGAGGUAAGGUCAUUAUGUAAAAGCUACUCGAAAGGAUUUCUUUGCCUUCUUGGGUUGGUUACCCAGCUACACCUUGUAUGUUAUAGUUAAUUAACGUGUUCAUAUUACAGGGCAGUGCAUGCAACUAUUUGUUGGUAAAUCAUCUCAUCAGCUUAUAGCCUUUUUUGUAACAACACCUUACCUUACUUAUUGGUAUAUUAUUUUGACAUGCAAGGCAACAUAUCUUUCCAUCACUAAACUUUUUUGUUACAGAUGGAUUCACAUGUAAAAGCCCAUUUCUACUGGUAUUAAUCUUUCCUGUUUAUAUGUUAAACUUUGUCUUGCAGUUUUUUGUUGCAGUGGAUUAUGACACUAAAUAUGAUCGUCUGUGGUAUGAGAAAUACAGUAUCAGGAAACCCAUGCUGCCAUCAUUCAUCUCCAUGGAACUUGGCACUAAGGUAUCACUAAUAGUAGAUAGAUAGACUGUUGUGGAUUCAUAUGACAGUGCUGAUUUCCUCUAUACCUUAGCCAGAAAAAGGUCUUAUGAAACCCAUACAUGUCCAGUGUAGCCUGUGAGGAAUUAUGGCAUAGUUACUAAAACAGGGAACUAGCCAAAACGACCCACAACACCCCAAAGUGACCCACAAUGACCAGGACAAAGUCCCACAACCAGGAAUGUUUUUAUUAAUUUUAUAUCACCAAGAAUACGUGUUUCCCAGGUAGGGGAACACAUAUCACUACGGAUAUAUCUUUCCCAAGUAGAGGAACACAUAUCACUAUGAAUACGUGUUUCCCAGGUGGGGGAACACAUGUCACUAUGAAUACGUGUUUCCCAGGUGGGGAAACACAUGUCACUAGGGAUAUGUGUUUCCCAGUUAGGGGAACACAUAUCACUAGGGAUUUGUGUUUCCCAGCUGGGGGAACACAUAUCACUAGGGAUACGUGUUUCCCAGCUGGGGGAACACAUAUCACUAGGGAUAUGUGUUUCCCAAGUAGGGGAACACAUAUCACUAGGGAUAUGUGUUUCCUAGAUGGGGGAACACAUAUCAGUAGGGAUAUGUGUUUCCCAGGUACGGGAACACAUAUCACUAGGGAUAUGUGUUUCCUAGGUAGGGAAACACAUAUCACUAGGGAUAUGUGUUUCCCAGGUGGGGGAACACAUAUCACUAGGGAUACGUGUUUCCCGGGUGGGGGAACACAUAUGACUAGGGAUGCGUGUUUCCCAGGUAGGGAAACACAUAUCACUAGGGAUACGUGUUUCCCAGGUGGGGGAACACAUAUCACUAGGAAUACGUAUUUCGCAGGUGGGAGAAACAUAUCACUAGCGAUAUGUGUUUCUUAGGUGGGGGAACACAUAUCACUGAGAUACGUGUUUCCCAGGUGCGGGAACACAUAUCACUAGGGAUAUGUCUUUCCCACGUGGGGGAACACAUAUCACUAGGGAUACGUGUUUCCCAGGUGGGGGAACACAUAUCACUAGGGAUACGUGUUUCCCAGGUGGAGGAACACAUAUCACUAGGGAUAUGUGUUUCCCAGGUGGAGGAACACAUAUCACUAGGGAUAUGUGUUUCCCAGGUGGGGGAACACAUAUCACUAGGGAUAUGUGUUUCCCAGGUGGGGGAACACAUAUCAAUAGGGAUACGUGUUCCCAGGUGGGGGAACACAUAUCACUAGGGAUACGUGUUUUCCAGGUGGGGGAACACAUAUCACUGGGGAUAUGUGUUUCCCAGGUGGGGGAACACAUAUCACUAGGGAUAUGUGUUUCCCAGGUGGUGGAACACAUAUCACUAGGUACAAGUUUUUACCAGGUGGGGGAACACAUAUCACUAGGGAUACGUGUUUUCCAGGUGGGGAAACACAUAUCACUAGGGAUAUGUGUUUCUCAGGUGGGGGAACACAUAUCACUAGGGAUACGUGUUUCCUAGGUGGGGGAACACAUAUCACAAGGGAUAUGUAUAUAUGUGCCAUCUCGACCUUUGCAUUGGUAGUUCUUGAAUUAAGCCAUGACUCAGAAAUAGCGAGGACAUCGUAAUUCUUUUCGCGCAUAUGUUGUCUGAGCUGAAUUAAAUGAUUCCUCUCCUUCACUGAUGUUACGUUUAGAUGCGCAAUUUGGAGUUUGGACUUCAAGAAUUUCGAUGUACUAGGUUGUUCUGCAGGCCUUUGAUUUACACAUUCGACGAAGCGUAAAUUAUUCCCAUUUACACCUCUGGAUGAAUAAUUACGCCUAAAAGAACCUUGACUGGGGAUGGAAAUUUGGUUGUACCUUUGACGUGCAGAUAUUCCACCCCGAAUUCCACGGGUUCUUAAUAUUUUAUGAUCCUUUAGGAAAUGAUAAAGCUCCUCUGAGAUCUGAUAUUUAGAUCAUAUCACUAGGUACAAGUUUUUACCAGGUGGGGGAACACAUAUCACUAGGGAUACGUGUUUCCCAGGUGGGGGAACACAUAUCACUAGGGAUUUGUGUUUCCCAGGUAUGGGAACACAUAUCACUAGGGAUAUGUGUUUCCCAGGUGGGGGAACACAUAUCACUAGGUACAAGUUUUCACCAGGUUGGGGAACACAUAUCACUAGGGAUACGGGUUUCCCAUGUGGUUGAAGACAUAUCACUAGGGAUUUGUGUUACCCAGGUGGGGGAACACGUAACACUAGGGAUAUGUGUUUCCCAGGUAGGUAAACACAUAUCACUAGGGAUAUGUGUUUCCCAGGUGGGGGAACACAUAUCACUAGGGACACGUUUUUACCAGGUGGGGGAACACAUAUUACUAGAGAUACAGGUUUCCCAGGUGGUUGAACAGAUAUUACUAGGGAUAUGUGUUUCCCAGCUAGGGGAACACAUAUUACUAGGGAUACGUGUUUUCCAGGUGGGGGAACACAUAUCACUAGUUAUAUGUGCUUCCCAGUUAGGAGAACACAUAUCACUAGGGAUAUGUGUUUCCCAGGUUGGGGAACACAUAUCACUGGGGAUACGUGUUUCCCAGGUGGGGGAACACAUAUUACUAGGGAUACGGGUUUUCCAGGUGGGGGAAUAAAUAUCACUAGGGAUACGUGUUUCCCAGGUGGGGGAACACAUAUUACUAGGGAUACGUGUUUCCAGGUGGGGGAAGACGUAUCACUGGGGAUAUGUGUUUCCCAGGUAGGGAAAAAACAUAUCACUAGGGAUAUGUGUUUCCCAGGUAGGGGAACACAGAUCCCUACGGAUAUGUUUUUUUCCAUGGAGGGGAACACAUAUUACUAGUGAUACGUGUUUCCCAGGUGGGGGAACACAUAUCACGAGGGAUAUGUGUUUUCCACGUGGGGGAACACAAAUCACUAGGGAUGCGUGUUUCCCAGGUUGGGGAAGACAUAUCGUUAGGGAUAAUGUUUGCCAGAUAGGGAACACAUAUCACUAGGGAGAAGUUUUCUCAGGUGAGGGAACACAUAUAAGUAGGAAUAUGUGUUUCGCAGGUGGGGGAACACCUAUCACUAGGGAUAUUUGUUUUCCAGGCAGGAGAACGCAUAUCAGUAGGGAUACGGUUUUCCCAGGUUACAUUCGGCGAAAGCCUUAGAGGAGCCGGUGAUAACGCCGGUUGCCGGCGCAUUUUGAGAACCCUGGACAACGACCCAAAAUGAGACAAAACACGUCCUGUCUUCCUGGAAACGUCAUAUAAAAUUGAUUUUGGGUUGUUGUGAGUCUUUUGUUGUUCAGUGUUGGUUGUUUUGAAUCUUUGUGUUGAUCAGUGUGGGUCGUUGUGGGUCGUAAUGGGUUGUUUUGGCUAGUUCCUCAUUUUCAUAGUAACUACAGCUGUACAUGUACAUGAAGUAUGGAUGUCCUUGCGACCGAUUUUUAAAACUGCAUCUUUACACGAAUGAACCAACACAGCAAACCACAACCGGUGACACAAUUAGUCGAGACAUUUUAGCCCAAACGGGGCUUUUUGACGUUUUGCCAACUUUAAGAUUUUAUAAUAAAGCUUCUCCUUCCCCAUCCCCUCCAUGCAAUGUUGUGUGGCACUGUUCGAGCUACCUGCAGGAUACAAAAAACACCCCAACUUUGUUCCCUGAAAGUUACCCUACUUUAGCAUAAUGUCUCAACAAUUUUGUUUCUGAUUGCACAUAAACAAAAAGAAAUAUGGAAACCCAAAAAGCCACUUUUCUUUUUGAUGAGUAGUGAUAAUUGUCCUUCUCCAAGUAUAUUAAUUAGGCAACACCUUCAAAUUUCACGGGCAAAAACUGAGAAAAUGAUUUUAAAAGCUAGUUAAAACCAUAUAAAUCGUAAAGUUAUCACAUUGAACUUAUUUUUUUCUGUGGAGAAUGUUGUUGCUUGUGUUUGCUUUUCUUGAAAUGAUUUUAGUUUUGGUGUAAAAUUUUUAACAGAUUUUAAACAUUGGAAAAUCCAUCAACUUUAUUCGACAUGUUUGUCAAGAUCGUAACCCAUCAGAGGAGGAGAGGAGAAGGCAUUAGAUUAUAACAAGUCACAGGAGGCAUCAGGUAAAAUGUAGAAGACAGUUCCUAAACCUGUUUUAGUUUGUCAAUGCAUAGCCAUACAAACUUAUUUACUCAUGGACUGUGUCCCCAAGAGAGCAACAAUAAUUUUUAUAAUCAACAGUUGACCAUUUUAGCAGCAGAAACAUGGGUGUACGUGCCAUGCAAUAAUAGAGAUGAACUUGUUGCAUCUCAAAAUUGCAGGUGGAAACAGUUGGUAAGUUUACAGUACAGACCCCUGGAAAAGUAUUUUCGAUUUGUUAAUAUGAUCCAUUUAUUAUAAUUUUUCAGCUGCAGCUCAGUUAACAGCUGAUGAAGAGUUUGGAGGAACAGCUCUUCAAGAAACAGUCGAUAUAGCCUAUAGAGAAACAAGCAAGAGGCUGCUGGAGAUUUUCUUCUCUAAAUACAAGUUCCUUGAUCAUUUGAGG